AGAGAGAGUGAGGGGGUAAGAGAGAACAACUUUCUCCGGUUUCUUACUGCUGAGAGGCUUCAGCACUGUGCUUCUGUGAAGUGCCCUGCAGCAGCAGCAGUGUGUAUGUGUGAGUCUGUGUGUGUGUGAGCCGCAGCCUCAGGAGCCAUGUCGGACCCCAGGGACAUCGAUGAGGAUGCCAUCCUCAGGGGCCUCAGUGCUGAGGAGCUGGAGAAGCUGGACUAUGAGCUGCAGGAGAUGGACCCCGAGAAUGACAUGCUGCCAGCGGGCCUCCGGCAGCGUGACCAAACAAAAAAGAACCCGACGGGGCCGUACGACCGCGACGCCCUGAUGAAUCACCUGGAGAAGGAGGCCAUGGAGCACCCGGACAGAGAAGACCUGGUGCCCUUCACUGGCGAGAAGAAAGGAAAAACCUUUAUACCCAAGAAAGCACCAGAGAUUCCCGAGCACGAGCAGGUGCUCCUGGAACCAGAGCUGGAGGAAGCUCUGAAAAACGCCACUGAUGCAGAGAUGUGUGAUAUUGCAGCCAUCCUCGGUAUGUACACGCUGAUGAGCAACAAGCAGUACUACGACGCUCUGGGCACCACAGGAACCAUCGCCAACACAGAGGGCAUCAACAGUGUAGUGAAGCCAGAUCCCUUCAAGAUCUUCCCCGAAGAACCACCCAACCCCACCAACGUGGAGGAAACCCUGGAGAGAAUCCUCAACAACGACAGCAGCCUGAUAGAAGUCAACCUCAACAACAUCAAGGACAUUCCCAUCCCAACACUGAAAGAGAUCUUUGAGGCGAUGAAGGGCAACUCUCACGUUGAGUAUCUGAGCAUCGCUGCGACCCGCAGCAACGACCCUGUGGCCUAUGCAUGUGCUGAGAUGCUGCAGGAGAACACCAGCUUGCAGAGUCUUAAUGUCGAGUCCAACUUCAUAACCGCAGACGGCAUGAUGGCCAUCAUCAAAGCAAUGGCCAACAACGCCACACUGAUGGAGCUCAAGAUCGACAACCAGAGGCAGAAGCUCGGAGAUUCAGUCGAGAUGGAGAUCGCCUCCAUGUUGGAGAACAACUCCAGCAUCCUCAGGUUUGGCUACCACUUCACCCAACAGGGUCCCCGCGCCAGAGCCGCCAUCGCCAUCACACGCAACAACGACAUGAUUCGCCAGCAGAGAUUAAGAUGAAGCGCGAGAACAGAAUGAACCACGUCCGCCACCAGGGCAGCAGUGGCUCAUCCACUAACGUCAACAUCCAUCCAUGUCCACUGGAAACCAUUUCAUUUUCAUUUCCCCGCAGCCACCCUUUUGUAGACUGCUCGGUUCAUCCUCAUAAAGGCAUGUAUAGGUCACAAGCAAAAUGUGAAGUGUCUUUUUUUUGUUGUGCUUUUAGUUCCUCUGCCUUGCCCACAUCAUCCCAAACAAAGAGGUUUACUCAUUUUUCACUGUGGUGCUAUUCAUGGGAAGAAAACAAUCUGUAAAUACUUUAAAUAAAAAAAUAUAUAUGUUCAA